AUGCCGGCCCUCCUGCUCCUCGGGACCCUCCUGCUGCUGGCCUCGACCGCCGGCCAGGGGCCGGGGGGCAGCACGGCCUACGUCGUGUGCGGGGUCAUCAGCUUCGCCCUGGCCGUGGGCGUCGGUGCUAAAGUGGCCUUCAGCAAGGCGUCCCGUGCGCCCAGGGCGCACCGGGAGAUCAACGUGCCCAGGGCUCUGGUGGACAUUCUGAGGCAUCAGGCGGGGCCUGGGACCCGCCCAGACCGCGCACGGAGCAGCUCCCUGACCGCGGGGGUCGGGGGUCCCGACAGCAUGCCCCCGAGGACGCCCAAGAACCUCUACAACCCGGUGAAGCCCUCCAACCUCGAUAAUUUGCACCACCACUACCUGCACCUCAACGUCAACAGCCCCAAGCAGCAUGCGGACACGCUGGACUGGCGGGCCGCUCCGCCGCCCAGCCCCUCCUUGCACUACUCCACGCUGUCUUACUCUCGCUCCUUCCACAACCUCUCGCAUCUGCCCCCGUCCUACGAGGCCGCUGUGAAAUCUGAACUCAACCGCUACUCCUCCCUCAAGAGGCUGGCCGAGAAGGACCUGGACGAGGCCUACCUGAAGCGCCGGCCCCUGACGGAGACGCCCCGCGGGACGCUGCCCCUGCACGCGCUGCGGCGGCCGGGCACCGGGGGCGGCUACCGCACGGACGCCUGGGGCGGCGCCGAGGAGCUGGGCCUGGCGCCCGCGCCCAACCCGCGGCGCGUCAUGUCCCAGGAGCACCUGCUGGGCGACGGCGGCCGCGCGCGCUACGAGUUCACGCUGCCGCGCGCGCGCCUCGUGUCGCGGGAGCACCUGCUCCUGUCGUCGCCCGAGGCCCUGCGCCAGAGCCGCGAGCACCUGCUGUCGCCCCCGCGCAGCCCCGCGCUGCCCCCCGACCCGGCUUCCCGCGCCGGCCUGACCGCCUCGCACUCCACCCUGCUGCUGGGGCCCGGGGGGCCGCCCACGCCGCUGCACGGGCUGCCCCCGCCCGGCCUGCACGCGCACCACCACCUCGGCCUGCACGGCUCGCCGCAGCCCGCCUGGAUGUCGGACGCGGGCGGCGGCGGGGGCACGCUGGCCCGCAGGCCGCCCUUCCAGCGCCAGGGCACGCUGGAGCAGCUGCAGUUCAUCCCCGGCCACCACCUGCCCCAGCACCUGCGCACCGCCAGCAAGAACGAGGUGACUGUCUGAGGCCGGGCCGGGGCUCCGGGGCUGCGGCCUCGCG